GGCGGACGGACUCUCGCUCUCUCUUCCCCAGUUUCCCGGGUACCUACAUGUAAUUGUCCUUGCACAGCUAACUGAGGUGGCAUGGGACGCAACGCGACGCGCAAGCGUAUCUCGUACGUGCUGCCGCUGGCCAAGUCCGCAGGAGGCCACCGUCUGGGCGUCAAUGGCCUGGCCGUCGAUGCCGCCAAUUCGAUCCUGUACUCGGGCGGCCGUGACGGCGUCAUCUGCGCCUGGGACCUGCACCUCGACCUGGCCCGCACCGCCGCCGCCGACGACGACGAUCCCUUCGCCGACUCCAAUGCCGCCGACUACAAGCCGCCGCCGACGCAGUUCCGCCAGCAGGUCCAGGCCCACACGCACUGGGUCAACGACAUCGCCCUCGUCCAGACCAGCACCGCCCUCGUCUCGGCCUCGUCCGACAUCACCGUGAAGCUCUGGCGCCCCGCCGCCCAGGACUCACUGCCCCCGCAGACGAUUGGCCUGCACUCCGACUACAUCAAGCGCGUCGCCUCGCCGGGCGCCCACGAGAACUGGGUUGCCUCGGGCGGCCUGGACCGCAAGAUCAGCCUGUGGGACCUCAAUGGCGCCGGCAAGAAGCUGGACAUCGCCGUGGGCGAGGACGGCAACACGGCAAAGGGCUCCGUCUAUGCCUUAGCCGCCACCCCGAGCAUCAUCGCGAGCGGCGGGCCCGAGAGUAUCGUGCGCGUGUGGGACUCGCGCACCGGCAAGCGCGUCACUAAGUUCGUCGGCCAUACGGACAAUGUGCGCGACAUACUCGUCGCCGAGGACGGCGACACCAUUCUGUCGGCCUCGUCCGACCAGACGGUUAAGGUGUGGUCCAUGACGGCUGGACGCUGCAUGUACACCCUCACCAUGCACCACGACAGCGUCUGGUCGCUGUACUCCGAGUGCCCGCAGCUGUCUGUCUUCUACUCGUCAGACCGCUCAGGCAUCGUCGCCAAGAGCGAUGUGCGCCACUGCGCUGAGAUGGACGAGGGCCUGUCCGUGGCAGUGUGUCAAGAGCACGAGGGCGUGAACAAAAUUGUUUCGGCGGGCGACUGGCUUUGGACGGCCACUUCCAGCUCGAGCAUCAACAGAUGGAACGACGUCGAGACAACAGGCGCCGUUGAACUGCCAGAGUCCUACAUGUGGCAUCGCGACAGCGUGUCUACCUCUCGGACGCGAUAUCCCUCGCCUCCUGCUGACAGUCCAAAGAACACCGGGCCAACACCUAAGAUACCCUAUAAUGCUUUGCUGCGCAUGUCGAACACGGCGCCUUUUCCACAGAUAUUCUCCACCAAAGAGGCCGAUACUGCAACCCUUUCCACAGUGAAUGGCACUCGGAGGCAAUCCGAGGCAUUGGUUACGGCAGACCACAGCGUUAUAGUACCUUGUCGAAACUUGCCUGACUUCUCCAUCGAAGGCCAGAACGGUCUGAUCAAACACCAUCUGCUGAACGAUCGCAGAAGGGUAUUGACUCUCGAUACUGCGGGUGAGGUUAUGCUGUGGGAUCUUCUACAGUGUGCCCCCAUCAAGUCAUAUGGCAAGACGCACCUCGAAAACGUCAUCCCUCAAGUCAACACCCAGGAAACUGUCGCUCACUGGUGCGCCGUCGAUACAAGGAUAGGCACAUUGACUUGUGUACUUGAAGAAAACUACUGCUUCGACGCUGAGAUGUACGCUGACGAACUGCAAUUGGAAGAGGAAAUCGACUUUCGUGAAGAUCACCGCAUCAAUCUCGGGAAAUGGAUCUUGCGGUACUUGUUCUCCAAUCUCAUCGACGAAGAAAUACGACGAGACGAAGUUUUCCGGUCAGAGCAACUACAGGAGAAAGAAAUCAAGGCCGGUGCAGGUCGACCCACCAACAUCGAACUUCCAAAAACAAACCUCAAUGGUUGGAACGAUAUUCCUUCGGGGCCUCCAACGGGUUCUACCAUAAGGGCCUCCAACGGCUUCCACUUGCCGCACACACCUGGACUCGCCAUAGGCUUAGCAACUCCGAUGCUUCCACCCCAAAGCGCAGGUCGCACUUCGAUGCAAAACCCCUAUCUUACUCCGACCACCGAAGAAACUUCCCAGGUCGAGACACAACGCAAUUCUACAAUAGAAGGCGGCGACUACUUUGGCAACGGCGCAUCGAAUACCAAUGGAAACGGAAAAUCUGCAGCGGAAGCCUCGACUGACGCAAAAGAGGAGACUUUGCAGUCACCCACGGAGCCGGACACGCCAGCGAAGAAGGGCAAGGGCAUGUUUGGCAAGAAGUUCAACAUGUCGUUCAACAUGAAGAAGUUUAGCACCGGCACUGCCAUAGCCGAGCCACCCAAGCCUGCAGCCGUCGAUGAGAAAGCAGAGGAUAGUGAUUCCCGAUCGACCAAAACCGAGGAGAAGGUUUUCGAAGAUAAUUUCCUGGGUAGCAUUCAACGGAUACGGCAAGGAUAUGAAGAGCAGUUGAGCGCGGGGGCGACGAAGCUCGAAUCUCAGAUUGCGCCAAGUCUGCCGAAUGAUACCCCGGUGUUGAAACCACCUGCCUCGACUACCAUACUGAUUCAAGAAGAUCGACCGGAUUCUGGGGGUGUCGCGGAUCUGUUCGAGGGCAAAGUGGGGUCUUUGGGCCAGCAGGCUGAUCUCAUUGAGAAGGCUGCUCCUAUGUGGCUUGCCGAGGUGCUGUUACGCAACCAACUUCCAAUCAAGGACAUUGUUAAAGUGUCUUUCAUCCUCGAACCGCAUCAAGGCACCCUCCCGGCCAUAUCAUCUGAUGGCAACAACCGCCUCAAUGCAAACCGCAUGCUACGCGCCCGCAAAAUCCUAGGCUACGUGGCCGAGCGCAUCGAAGCGCCUCCUAAAGAGGCCGAGAGCGAGGAACCCGGGUUGAAGCCAGACGAGUAUUUGGAACUGUACUGUAACGGACAGCUCAUCCACCCAACGAUGACACUGGCCUCUAUCCGCGCACAUGUCUGGCGCGGAGGCGGCGACGUGGUGCUGCACUACAAGGCCAACGGUCGCAAGGAAAUCAAAACCACGCCGUAUCCGGGACCGCAGGCUGGGUUUGCGGCGCAGGCUGGUCCGGGGACGGGGAGUGUGAGUGAGGGGAAGUCGAGUAGUGAGGCGGGGAGGAGUGUGAGUUCUGGCGGUGUGAUUGGUUGAGGGGUGGACAUGUAGUGUUAAUGUUGGAUGAAUUGGUGGGGGUUGGAUAGCCUGGUGUUGAUGGGAGGAAGUGGUUUGGUGUCAUCAGGGGAAGAUAUGAGAGAAAGAGAGAGAUGUGGGUAAUGCAAUUACUGGACUAUGUUAUCUAUUCUUUUACACGUCACUACUCACACUGUUUUUCAAUCAAGACUUGAAU